GAUAAUAAUACUAGGAAUUGCAUUUAUUUUUUUCGAACUUCGACGUGAGUUGCAUUUCAACUUUUCUACCACUCGAUUAAAAACCUCUAGAAUAAAAAAUCAUAUAAACACGCAGCGCGUUAACUUUACUGCAGUUGGUUUCUAAUACAACGUAAGACAACUGAUUUGCUGUAAUUCGUGGAGGAUGGAGCUCGAGGACAUCGCGACCAGUAGAUUAAAUUGUCCGCUUCAAAUCCAACCACUGAAUCAAACAUCGUCAAGGUUCAUCGACAGGUUUAUCCGUUUGAAAACUAGAUAUUGGAAUAGAGGAUUUUUAAUUGUUUUGCUCACGUUUAUAGGUUUAACAAUACAAUGGUCUCAAAUGAUUAGUUUAAUGGAAUCUUAUGAUGAACGUAAUAACGUUAAAUACAUUUAUUAUGGGAUGAUUAUCGGUUAUAUACCAGGUGGUGUCCUAGCCACCGUUUAUUCGGCUCAAAAAGUUUUCGGAAUUUCGUUCAUCAUAUCGUUCAUAUUGCAUAUUAUGGAAGCUAUGAAAAUCUCGAACGAGAUUGUGCAUAUUUUAUCACUUUUUUGUAUAAGAUUGACUCUGGCCAUAGCAGCAUCGGCAUAUCACAGGAUUUAUACAUUUUGGGUCCCACUGAAUAAAAAGUCAUUACGUCACGUACCAAUAAUAUUGUGGAUGAUGGUAAUUAAUUAUAAAGCACAAAUAAAUUAUGAAUUUGACUACACACGUGGACUACAAGGUAUUGUUGUGAUACCGUGGUUUGUUUUGUGGUUGAUCGCGGUCGGUGGAGAUCGUUCUCAGAGCCCAAAUCGUGGUUUUAUAUUGUUCAGACUGUUUAGAGAUCCAAACACCACGCCACUUUCUACUGGAACCAAUUUUGUUUCUUUAAGACGGCCAACCAUAUCUGACAUUCCUUGGAAGUCGAUUUGUACUUCAAUGCCCGUCAUUGCGCUUGUUUUAUCAUAUAUUUGUUAUGCUAGUUUCUUUCAUUUAAACAGUUCAUAUAAUUCAUAUGAAUAUUAUUUUAAACAUGAUCAGUUCUUGGAGAAUUACACAAUUAUUUUGUUGUUACUCACCUUCGUCCUGGUCGAAUUAAUUCCGGAAAUAACAGUGUGCUUUUCUGUCACCAACGUCAGAAAGAUUUUUACUUGCUUGUAUUUCGUAUCAAUGGGAAUAAUUUAUUAUGUGGAAGCUUUUCCGGGCAACAUUUUUUUGUUUUUAGACAAGACAUUUUUGUAUUUAGUUUUUGAUUUUAUACCAUAUUUUAGUCUUUUUGGUUUCGAAAUUAACUUUUUGGAUAUCGCACCACAAUACUCUAGUAUACUUUAUGGAAUCUUGAUGACCAUAUUUUACACUAUUUUGUGUUAUGCACCAAGUAUCUUAAAAUAUAGUUUGAUUUUUGAAGAACUUACCCAUGUCCAAAUAUGUAUCAUGGGGAUGGUAAUAAGUUUAGCGAUGGCAGUAUUCUAUGCCAUUUUUGCUUCGGCAGAACUACAACCAUGGGCAGUGGAUAUACCAGUAAAAGAAAAUCAAAGAAAUAUUCAAGAAGAAGUAAAUUUAACGGCUGUGUAACGGAUUCAUAAAAUUAUGUUUGAGUAGAACACUAGCACAUUAUGCCUAUAAGUUCAUCAAUAAAAUUAUUCACAUUAUUUAUUGUUACAAUAUCUUAAUAUUCUUAUUUUAAAGUAGCAACGUCGGGUACUAUUAAUUAUGUUAAUAUUAAUAUUAAUAUUAGUAACAAAAAAAGUUAAUUAAAUAUACAAUAAUAUUAUAAUAUACAUAAUUAAUAAUAAACAUUCAUUGUCAAGCUAAACUCAAUUUUGUAUCUCUUUUAUAAAUAUUAAGAAUGUAUUAUGCCUACCAUAAGCGUGCACAGACUUUUUCUAGAGAACACUAUAUAAUAUUAUCUACAAGUUACGACCUUGAAAUAACGUAAAUAUAUAUAUAAAGUAGUUAAUGGUCACCCCCUUCGGCGUCAAUGCAUUAUAAGAAAUUAUUAUUUAUAAUUAGAGCGUGAAUUAAUGAAUAUUCUAAAAAAUUGUUUCACACAACAAAGAAUUGAGAAAUACAAUUUUUAUUUAGCUGUUUUUAAAAACUUUUUAGAUUAUUUUUUUCAGGUUUUUAGGACGUUUUUAUGAUUUUAAAUAGUUUUUUGUAAAUGUUAUAAGAAUAAAUAAAACUUUGGUAUUUUAUUAAGCUUUGUAAUAUUAGUGUAAUACACUUAUUAAAUCGUACAUAUUAUUUAAAGGCA